AACACAAUACAAAAAAAUGCAAAAAUACGGUUCUAAGAAGAUUGGUGCAACCAGUGCUACAUCAAGCAAUAAGCAAAAGGUACAAAUUGAAUUAACUGAUGAACAAAGACAAGAAAUUAAAGAAGCCUUUGAUUUAUUCGAUAUGGAUGGUUCAGGUAAAAUUGAUGCAAAGGAAUUGAAGGUGGCAAUGAGAGCACUCGGUUUUGAACCAAAGAAAGAGGAAAUUAAAAAGAUGAUCUCCGGAAUUGAUAAUGGAUCUGGUAAAAUUGAUUUUAAUGAUUUCCUUCAAUUAAUGACAGCAAAAAUGAGUGAAAAGGAUAGCCAUGCCGAAAUAAUGAAAGCUUUCCGUCUCUUUGAUGAAGACGAUUCUGGAUUUAUUACAUUUGCAAAUCUCAAAAGAGUUGCUAAAGAUUUGGGUGAAAAUAUGACUGAUGAAGAAUUGAGAGAAAUGAUUGAAGAAGCUGAUCGAUCGAAUCAGGGACAAAUCUCAAAGGAAGAUUUCCUCCGUAUUAUGAAAAAGACAAACCUCUUUUAAAAUUUUUCAAAUUCCCUUCUGUACAAUUUCGCAACAAUGACUAAUAUAAUCAUCCACCAAUCUUCUAUUUAUCCUCCUUUUUUCUAAUUAUUAUCAAUAAAUUAAAACUAAUUCUAC